AUGCCGUUCCCAUACGAGUACAUAUCAGACGAGCGCGUUAAGCAGUUACUGACAUGGCCAAAGGCGUUCGAGGUGGUCGAACGCGCCAUGGCGAGCGUUUCCACUGGCGACGCCUUUCAAACCACUCGCAAGGUGGUCCCGGUCGGCAAUCAGCCGAACUUGCUCUUCGUAAUGCCCGGUUACUUGAAGGAUCCAAAGUACGGGGCGUUAGUUAGCAUGGUUUUUACCAAGUACGGCGGUAAUCCUAAGCGUCAGCCUCCAUUGCCGAUAAUCCACGCGGAUAUGGCGUACAUGGAUGAAGAAACUGGAGUUACCAAAGCUGUGAUUGCCUGUAACGAAGCGAUGGAGUGGGUGACCGCCGCCGCUUCGGUUACUGCGACCAAGCACCUGCACGGACCAGACUGUGGCAAACCCAACAGGAUUUUGGCCGUGAUUGGAGCAGGUCAUCAGGGACGGAUACACGCCAUUGCCUUCCAAAAGUACUUCAACUUUGCCGAGGUUCGCAUAUGGAACCGAACAGCAUCAAAAGCCGAAAAUGUCGCCGGAGAGCUAAACAAAAAGUUCAACAAGACCGUGUUUACAGCGAGCCCAACCGUUGAGGAGUGCGUGCGAAAUGCCGACGUGAUUAUUACGGCAACUGAUGCCGUUCAAACUUUGGUCAAGUAUCCUUGGGUUAAAAAGGGCGCCCACAUCAACGCAAUUGGCGUUAGCCCAUUCGCUACCGAGUUAGAUGCGGACACGUACAAGGCGAGUAAAAUUUAUUGCGACUACAAGGAGGGUGCCGAAGCAGAGUUGAAGCACAUUUCCGCACUGGGCGGGAAAUUUGAGGGCCAAGUUGGUGACGUGAUUACGGGUAAAAUACCAGCUCCCUCAGUUGACGAUACAUCCAUCUUCCAGAGCUUAGGCAUGCCUAUGGAAUACUGUGCAAUUGCAAGGCUGAUAUAUGACUUGCACAAGGGAAAAAAGUGACUAGAUCAAUCAGCUUCUGAGAGUAUAAUUCUUUACCAUCAUGCCAGAUUGUCAACCCCGAAUUGAUGUAAACGUAGAUUUUUAUUUCAGUUUUCUCGCAAAUGGCUUGUAAAAGGCUUCUGAUACAUAGCAACAAUUGUUGCAAAAAUGGUUGUCAUGGACUUUGGCGGUGCAAACAGCCUAAUUCUUUCCCUACACUUUGUAUAGUUCAGUAUUUUUCUUGUUAAUAAUGCACCCCUGGCAUAACUAUCGUUGCCAAUAAAAAAAGAGAAGAACUCCAUAUACUAAUUUAGCAUUAAAAUGUGUAUCAUGUCUUUAAUGAAAAAUUAGCCUGUUUUUAAUUACGCUCUGACGUCAUGAUAGAGAACUAACCUCAGAAACAGAUAUGAAGUUGUAAACAAUGAUAUUAAACAAAGACUGGCAAUAAAAUUGUGUGCAAAUGUG